AUUCCAAAAGGCAAAUAUGCAGAAAAGCCGUAAAAGAAAGCCGUCUCACCUUCACCUCCAAUCGUUGCCGCCGAGCAAAUCUCCGGGCAAAUCCGCACGGAUCAACGGCUCCGGCGAAACUACCGACGAGCCAUAUCCAUCUCAUCCUCAUCCCACCCCAGAAGAAUGUCGAUCCGUUCGAGACGACCUCUUGGCCCUCCACGGCUUCCCCGAACAAUUCGCCAAGUACCGCAAACAGAGAUCAAACCCUACUCCUCAAUUUGGCUCUUCUUCCGAGAAAUCAGAGCCGUUGGAUGAAGAAAUUGAUGACGAUGCUGGUGGUUCCUCUGGUUCCAUGGAAAGUGUGUUGGACGGUCUAGUAAGCAUUAUACUCUCACAGAACACCACUGACGCUAACUCUCAAAGGGCUUUUGCUUCUCUCAAGUCUGAUUUUCCCACUUGGGAGGAUGUUCUUGCUGCUGAAUCAAAAUGUAUAGAGAAUGCAAUAAGAUGUGGAGGAUUAGCCCCAACUAAGGCCUCUUGUAUUAAGAAUAUGUUGAGUUGCUUGCUUGAGAAGAAAGGCAAACUAUGCUUGGAGUACUUGAGAGAUUUAUCCAUUGAUGAAAUAAAGGUUGAGCUCUAUCAGUUCAAAGGAAUUGGGCCCAAAACGGUGGCUUGUGUCUUGAUGUUCCAUCUUCAGCAAGAUGAUUUCCCAGUGGACACACAUGUGUUUCAGAUUGCAAAAGCUGUUGGUUGGGUACCUGCAGCGGCGGACACAAAAAAGACGUACUUACAUCUCAACAGGCGGAUCCCGAAUGAACUAAAAUUUGACCUGAACUGUCUUUUAUUCACACAUGGUAAGCUCUGUCAGAAAUGCACCAAGAAAGGAGGUAACCAACCAAAAAAGGAAUCUCGUGAUAACUCUUGCCCUCUGCUAAAUUACUGCAAAAAUUCCAAGUUGGAAUGCAAUAAUCAAAAUUUUGAUUCAGAUUCUAUCUGACUGCCUUUUUAAAGUUUAACUCUGAUUUUUAUUUCUUCUUUCUGGUUUGCCAUGGCUUUUUUAGAUCCCAUUGCGUUUUGAAAUUGUACAGAUAAUGGGAGAAAGCUCUCUGGUGGAUAAGUAUGCGAUUUUGGGUUUUCUGAUGUAUAUGAACCACCUCUAAAUGAAAAUCAGUCAAUUAUGACCAA